GGAUCCAGCCCCGCUCCACUUGCCUUUCGUAUCCGCACCCACGCCACACGCACCUCGGCAAGGACAAGCCUCCGCCCGCCGCCACCGCCUCCGCCCCGCCUAUAAAGCUCCGCCCUUUGCCCGGCCCGCUCCUCCUCUCCCCGUCCGGGCCGCGCCUCUCGCAUCCUUCCUUCGUCCUCGGUCCGCCCUGGCCGCGUGGUGGUCUCCGUUUCGGCCGCCGAUUCCAAGUCCGUCCGCCAGCUCGUGCCCUGCUCCCUCUCCUCUCUGCAUGCGGGGCCGCGCCGCUCCCCGAGGACGCGGGCGGGGGCUCGGCCAAGUGGCGGGCGACCGGCGGCGGGGGCACCGGCGUCGUGCGCCAGCCGCGCGCGCUCGUCCUCGACUCGUCCCUCUCCUCCUCUCGCGUCCGGUGAGGCGACUCGUCCUCGGUUCUUGCCUCUCCUCGUCUCGCGUCCGGUGAGGCAGUUCGUCCUCGGUUCCUACCUCUCCUCCUCUCGCGUCUGGUUCCAUGUUGCUCGUUCUCGCUCGAAUUCGUCCGUCGUUUAGAGUAGAUAGAAGAAUCGCUUCUGAUUUGUUCGAUUCUGCUCGUCCUCAGUUCCUCUGUUCUGAACCGCGUCUGAUUCAGUUGAUUUCGCUCGUCCUCGAUUCGACCGUUUAGAUAGAAAUGCGCGUCCGGUUUGACUUGCUCGUCCUCGCCGUCGUCGUCAGUUCAGAGUCGCGUGUGAUUUGAUUCUUGCCCGUCCUCGCUUUCGCCCUGAUGCUCUCGCGUGUUCUUGGGGAUGUCUCGUCGGGGGUCCGCGACUCUGGGAGGAAGCGAGCGGUCCGUCGGUCGGUUUGGGUCACCGUCUUGUUUGCGAGCUAACCAGUCUGUUCGAGAAACUUGUUCGUGCGCUGCUGUUAUCUGACGAUCCUGCGUUUCAUUUUCGUAGUCGAGCGAUGGUUCCUGCGCUUCUGUUUGAGAACCUUGCGCGUGCGCGUCUGUUACCUGACGACCCUGCGUUUCGUGUUAGCUGUGGAGCGAUGCUUCUUGCGUUUCUGUUUGAGAGACUUGUGCGUGCGCUUCUAUUAUCUUACGAUCCUGCCUGCGUUGUUCGUCGGUUAUUUUCAUAUCUCAAACGCAUGCGCCCUUGUGAUACUCUGGUUUCCCUCUGUCCAUUCUUGUUCUACCGGCAGGCGUGUGUGCUCCCGUCCUAGAUGCAGAGAAUCUUCUUCUUGUCUCUUACGCUUGUUCUUGCUAUCACGCUUUGCUUAUGUUCCAAUAUAUGAUGAUCGAUGAUGCGUGUUCAACUUGUUUCUUGUUAUCAUGCUUUGCUUAUGUUUCAAUAUAUGAUGAUUCGUGUUCAGGGGCGCAAACCAUGUAGGCCGUGGGUACUGUGAUGUGAGGCUUCUUUCCUGCUGAUAAAUUAGGAUGAUAGGCUGAGAAGAAAAGCCUGACUCUUGUAACAAUCACUUGCUUGGUUUCCACUUCUUUGCGUGGCCGAUUUGGCAUCCAAUGCAUCAUAAUCACGUUUUCCCUGCUUGUUUUCAUAUCCAAUGCAUCCACUCAUCAGAGCACCCUUUUCCCUAUUUGUUUUCACUUCUUUUCCUAAUAAUUAAUCAUGUUUACCAAUACUGCAUUUCUACUGCUCUUUGUUCCCUUUUGAAGUUCACCGAUUCAAAUCUGAUGUGACUUCUGUGUUAGUAUACUAGCCAUGAUGUGUUUUAUUCAAGUUAUUAACCUACAAAUUUGGCUUGAGAUGCUACAUGUUUAUAUGGCACGAUUGAUUGUUGUUUGCGUAUGGUUAUUAAGAUUGAUUGAUUGAUUGAUUGCUGUUUGUUGAUUGACUGAUUGGUGUUUGCUGUUUGUUGAUUGAUUGCUUGAUUGCUUGUUGUUUGUUGAUUGGUAUCAAACUUUGGUAUUCGUAGUUCUUGAUCUUAGGUAACAGACCUUGCACUAUUCUUUUUUCUGAACUUUUUUGUGAUUAUGCAAUGCUUUUCUAAGUAUUUAAGGUACAAACAUCUUGAUCUGGACACAUCACAUUUGCUCUUUAUUGUGUUGCUAAGGACACUGAUGGGUUGAGUUGCAUAUAGUGCAGAUAUUGGCACCUGAUAUUUGAAUGGAUGUUUUCAUGAUGCCUAAUUUGAUUCAUUAUCAUUGUUCUGAUGGUGUGCUACUGGUGUUUUAACUGAAGCUGUGGAUCGCUCAUCAACCUGCUGAGCUCUUUCUGGAUAGGACAGAGGUACAAUAUUUACAUCCAUGGCAGAAGGUUCUUAACCCUGAACUCAUCAAAGGUCCUUGGACUCAAGAGGAAGAUGAUAAAAUUAUUGAUCUUGUAAGAAAGUAUGGACCAAGAAAAUGGUCUCAUUGCAAGGACCUGCAGAAGGACCCUCCGACCUUAGCGCAGGAAGGUCCUGUAGGUGAGGACAUGUUCCACUGGCAGGCCAGUAUCAUGGGACCCUUGGACAGCCCGUUUACUGGUGGCCUAUUUUUGGUGAACAUCCAUUUCCCACUGGAUUAUCCCUUCAAGCCCCCGAAGGUCUCUUUCCGCACCAAGGUGUUCCACUUCCACUUUCACCCAAACAUUAACAGCAACGGCAACAUUUGCCUUGACAUUCUCAAGGAACAGUGGAGCCCGACUUUGACCAUAUCAAAGGCCCUCCUGUCAAUCUAUUUGUUGCUGACGGACCCCAACCCCAAUGAUCCUCUGGUGCCUGAGAUUGCUCACAUGUACAAGACUGAUUAGGCCAAGUAUGAGUCCACGACAUGCUCCUCGACACAGAAGUACGCCAUGGGUGGAUGUAUAGGCAAGCAAUGUGGAGAGAGUUCUUCUCAGCUAUAGCUAAAGUCAAAGACGACAAACCAGGUGACUUAUUGGAGUUGCAGGACUAUAAAUCAUCGGUCAUAUGAAUCUUCAUUUGUAAAUAUGACUGCUGGUGCUGCCGAUGAUGCUAGCCAUCGGCUUGGAACUAAUGAGAGACAACCGCUGUUGCCAACUUGAAACAUAUACUUUUUAGAUUCAUAUCGACAUGCCCACGCUGUCUGACGAGGAUAAAGAUGUUAUGAAAAAAUGGGAUGCUCCAAACAAGAUUGACUUCCUAUCUUUCUUAUACAAGGCAUGCAGAAGAUGUGUGGCAAUGUUCUUAUUUCAGAAGUUUGCUCUGCACAAGUGCAACAUGGCUGGAAAACCUGCUGCUGUUACUUGUGUUGUGGACAGUAUGACGGACAACCUAAGGCCUACUCGUGCAGAUGCAACUGAUGUGGCAAAUGCAGUGCUGGAUGCUGCUCAUUACUGCACCCAAACAAACUAUAACUACACAAGCUGUAACAUGAAUCACAAUUGUUUUUAUCUGCAGGCUAAUUGCCAAGUACAGGCCCACCAUGCCAUUCCUCGUCUAAAAACAAAUCAAUUGAAGUGGAGCUUCACAGGGGCAUUUGAAGCAAGACAAUCACUCAUAGUUAGAGGCCUCUUUCCCAUGCUUGCUGAUCCACGUCACCCGGCUGAAUCUACUAGCACUGGAAAUGAAUCAGUGUUGAAGGUUGCUCUUGACCACGGCAAAGCAUCUGGUGUGAUCAAGUCACAUGGCUUACCUUAGCCAGAAUUUCUAUAAGAAUGUCGCUCAUGUUACAUGCCUUGCUUUCUCUAGAACGAAGAUCUGGAUCACCCUCGCCCCUCUAGAGAAAUCAGUUUACUCAUUCAAGUUCUGAAAAUUCUUUAUAGCCUUUUGAGUUUACUUCGGUCUUGCAUGUAUUAGCUUUCUGUUUGUGCCCCUAUUUAUGUAUGUUUCUUGUGUGCAAGUGCUCCAUUCUGUGUGUGUAUGACUUGUGUGUGGCUUGACUUUGUGCGUGUGGCUUGACUCUGUGUGUGUGUGGCUUGACUGUGUGUGUGACUCUGUGUGGCUUGACCAUGUGUGUGUGACUCUGUGUGGCUUGACUAUGUGUGUGUGAUUCUGUGUGGCUUGACUAUGUGUGUGUGAUUCUGUGUGUGCUUGACUCUCUGCUUGUGUGACUCUGUGUGAAUGUUGCAUUUGUUUGAUGGUGUGGCCUGUUUGCUUGCUUGAUGAUUGGUGUGGUUUAACACUGCCUUUGCCG